AAUCUAUGCAGGAGAUUUCAUAUAACUCUCAACUAUAUAAUGUUCAUGUGGAUAAAUGAUUACUAAAGAUGAUUGUUUAAGAUUUAAUUGUAAAAUUUAAUCAUUUUACUAAUCACAAUAAACAAUCAAUCUUGCUAAAAAUUCAUUAAAAAAUAAAACUGCAUUAGCCUUAGCUGUUCCAGAUUUCAAAUGUUCAGCCUUAUUUUGUUCUGAUAUUAAGACUCAAGAAAUAUGUGAUAAUACUGGUGAAUGUGUUUGGAAUAACAAUGGUGAUUGUGAAGUGUUUUCUGGAUGUGGGUCCUAUUAGGUUGACAAAAAAGAAGAUUGUUUUAGGAAAAGCACAUAGACUAAAUUCUGUACUUAUGAUGAGGAGUAAUAAAGUAAUGGAAAAUACAAUUGUAUCAAUGAUCUUUCAAAAUCGGGAGGAAGUUUCAUGACUUGUUUUACUCUAAACAGUUAAGAACUUUGUAAUAAUUUUGAAUCUGCUGUAUGCACUUGGAGAACAUUCUCAAAAUGUUAGAAUGAAACAGAUGAUCUCAAUUUAUGUUAAUAAUAUUAGUAUUGUAUUGGAGAAGAAAGUAAAGAUUGUGUAGAUCUCUCAGGUUUCUAAGAAAAAUGUAAUCAAAGGACUGCCUAUUGCAAAUGGAUUUCUGAUAACAUCACUUGUUUGGAAAGAGAAUGUUCUGAUUAUACUUCUGAAACUGAUUGCAAAAGCAUACUAACUGAUGAUUUAAAACGAGCUAAACCUUGUAUUUGGGAGCAAGGAUCAUGUAUUCAAGGAUUUAACUUGACUAAGUUAAAUAAGUAUAAUUGCUUAAUUGAUUCAUUGAAUACUUCUAUGUGGAAUGAAGUUGAAUAGAAAUGUCAAAGUUGUUAAUUUCACUUUAUAUUGAAAUGUUUUGUUUUCAUAUUCUUAAUAUUAUAUUGA